AUGAGCGACGAAGGUGAGGGCGGCGUGGCGUGGCAGCGCGUGUGGACCGUCGAAGGCGGACGCGCGGAGCUCGCGUGUCCCGUGCGUCCGCGCACCCCUGGCGACGCGCCGUCCCUCGUCCUCUGGUACAAGGGCAACAGCACCACGCCUGUCUACAGUUACGACGCUCGUCAGGGUCGCAACUUCGGCGAAGGAAUGCGCUGGGUCGACGAAACAGUCCUGGGACUCAGGGCUUACUUUUUGCCCACCCGGUCUGCCUCACAUGCCCCUGUCUCAGGCAGGAGCUACAGAGACGCAAAAAUUAACGCGUAUGGAAAUGAACGCUUGACGCAAGGUGAUAGCGGAGGCAGCUUUUCUGACAUGAAAAACUUCAAAACUUUUUCUUUACAUCCCAGUCAUAGAGGGGACGAACGACAGAGCCCGCGAAGUGUUCCUCGAAACAACGGUCUCUAUGAACACGGUCGAGAGCAUUUCAUAGGAAUGGGUGAACACGGUCGAGAGCAUUCAGUGGAAAUGGGUCCAAACUUCGCCAAUCACUCGUGGACGAUAAGUGACCAUAACGCUAAACUGAAGAGGAAAUUAGUUAUAACGCGUGCGUCAUUCCCUCCCGUCACUGAAGGCAGCGUUGAUCCUUCUCUUAGGCCUCGACAUGCCCCUGUCUCUGGCAGGAGCUACAGAGACACAAAAAUUAACGCGUAUGGAAAUGAACGCUUGACGCAAGGUGAUAGCGGAGGCAGCUUUUCCGACAUGAAAAACUUCAAAACUUUUUCUUUACAUCCCAGUCCUGGAGGGGACGAACGACAGAGCCCGCGAAGUGUUACUCGAAAUAAUAGUCUCUAUGAACACGGUCGAGAGCAUUCCGUGGAAAUGGGUCCAAAAUUCGCUAAUCGCUCGUGGACAAGAAGUGACCACAAAGCUGAGCUGAAGAGGAAAUUAGCUAUAACGCGUGCAUCAUUCCCUCCUGUCACUGAGGGCGGCGUCGGUCCUUCUCUUAGGCCUCGUAGGAGACGGAACACCAGCAAAGAUCUCCUGGCUAACGGCUGGGCUGCUGCCACGCAUGUUCUUUCCUCUCCUAAGAAAAUAACAGCCAACAGAGCUCUUCCCACGUCAACACAAACCGAAGCAACUUCUCCCCAUUCAUUGCCACUCGAGUCUAGCGACUCUCAAGCAGCAUUUCCAAUUCCCUCUAUACCUCUCGAGUCCAUUAAACCCACACCCAUUUCUCCAACACGCCCCUCGUCUGUCGAGCCGAAAGUCUUUACGCGGCCCAACGGCGUCGCGGGCCGUCGGGCAAGGCACGCCGCAGGAGCGGAUCCUGCGCUCUCCUUGAUGCCCGUGGCUCAGGAGGACCACGGACUUUACCGCUGCCGUCUUGAUUACUGGGAAUCGCCCACCACCAUGUCCUACACGCAAGACGCCCCCUCAAGUCACAACGAUCUACGAAAUCACGGCAAAAAGACACACCCCUUAAGUCCUAAAGUCCUACGACAUUACGGCAGCAAGACGCCCAUUAAAAGGCUGCAGGAAGAUCAGUUCCGCGUCGCGUUCCCCAGCGUGUCUUUAUCUCCACCUCUCCCGCCAGAGGAGCUCGUGAUCCUGCACGACGGAGCGCGCCUCCACAAGGGUCUGGAUGGCGUGGCGUGGGUGACACCCGUCAAGGAGGGCACCAAAAUCAACCUGUCAUGUCGGGUGGCAGGUGGCAGGCCGUCACCCACCAUCACCUGGUGGCGGGGAGAGACGCAAAUCCCAGCCAAAACAUCCUUGAACGAAGUCAGGCCCAGGUACAAGAGAUCUCCUAAUGCAGAAUACUGGGAUUCUUUCGAAGAUGUGGACUUCUCUACCGAAGCUGAUCCGAUAUCGGACUUGUUAUUGCUCCGUGAAGCACAAGUUUCUAGACGAACCAAGCACGACUCGUCAGGAGAGCAUACAAGUAGCAUUCUUUAUGGAAAAUAUCCAUGGAGAGGUGCUCAAUUUGACUUACCCAAGAUAAGGAAUAGCGACGUACUAUCAAGGCUACGCCGAAACACAAAAGAUUCUACGCGGUGGUGGGACGAUAUCGAAGUUCCGGAUUCCGAUAGCUCAUCGUUUAACUACACGAACUUUAUCUUGGGCAAUGUAAGAUACACUGACCAAUACGCAGACCAGUACGGCCCCUACGACCCAACGAGGUUUAUUGAACCCACGACAGUCGAUAAAAAUGAACCAACCGCCGAACCCGUGCAAACAAAGCCCGCAGUCCGAUCCGAGGUUGCGGACAUUAUCGAAUCGACACAUUACGAUAAAGAGAUUAUAGUUCAAUCGGACAUCUCACUUAUUGCAAUGAGAGAUUUGGUUGGAACCUCGCUGUACUGUAGAGCAGAGCAGAGACUUCAAGGAGGACCAACAGACUUGCUCAAACCGCUGAUGGCGAGCGUCAGCCUCAACAUCACCCUGGGGUUGCUGGAGCUGGAGAUGGAGGGCGGCACCCAGCCAGUCUCCGCAGGUAACUCCGUGCGGGUGGAGUGCAGAGCAUACGGAUCAAAUCCACCCGCUGAAAUAUCCUGGUGGAAAGCCGGCACUCCGAUUCCCAGCUCCGUCACUGCUAUCAUGAAAGGAGGCAACCUGACCACCUCUGCUGUGGUCCUCGAAGUCUCUGCCAAAGACAACGGCUCCAACCUCAUCUGCACCGCCACCAACCCUGUGCUCAGGAGCUCUCACAUGACCAAGAGGAGAACUCUCAAAGUUUUCUUUCCACCAGAAGUUGAAAUCCAGAUGUCAGAGCCUGCGUUGAUAUCCACGGUGACGGAAGGAGCAGACCUGGUGAUGAUCUGUCACGCUCACAGCAACCCUCCGCCUCACGACUACCGCUUCUACCACAAGGGUAUGGAGCUGCAUCCUGCAAAUGGAAUCUCCGUGUCAGAUACAACGCUUACCAUUCGCCGUGUGCACCGGGACCAGGCGGGGGCAUACACCUGCAAAGCGACCAACUUGGAGGGCGCUACACUCAGCCCCGCUCUGCAUCUCACCGUCUUGUUCGCCCCCGUGUGCGCCCCGGGCUGGGGGGCGCGGACCCAGGGCGCUGCGCUCGGCGCCACUGAGGCCAUCGCUUGUCGCGUGGACGCGGCGCCCGACAGCGACCUGCAGUUCACGUAA